UUUGACAGUUGACUAAUGAAUCCUCGCUACAUAGCGUUUGCAUUUUCAUUGUAACAGUAAAAGUAGAAAUAUUUGUUGAAAUUAGUAAUAUAAGGUCUUAUAUUUAUUAAUAACAAGAUGGUUGCGCGAGUAGCCGGCGUUUUCGACGAAAAACUAACGGAAGCAAUAGCUAAUUCAAAGAUUUUGGUUGUUGGGGCCGGCGGUAUAGGUUGUGAAAUAUUGAAGAAUCUCGUGCUUACCGGCUUUCCAAACAUUGAAAUUAUCGACCUUGAUACUAUCGACGUAAGCAAUUUAAAUCGUCAGUUUCUUUUCCACAAGGAGCAUGUUGGGAAGUCGAAAGCUCAAGUGGCGAAAGAUAGCGCUUUAAGCUUUAACCCUAACGUUAAUAUUGUGGCGCACCAUGACAGCGUUAUCAGCAAUGAUUAUGGUGUCAGCUACUUCAAACAGUUUCAAAUUGUCAUGAAUGCUUUGGACAACCGUGUGGCACGUAACCAUGUGAACAGAAUGUGCCUCGCUGCUAAUGUGCCACUAAUUGAGACAGGCACUGCAGGUUAUGCUGGGCAGGUUGAACUGAUUAAGAAAGGACUAACUCAAUGUUAUGAAUGCCAGCCAAAGGCACCACAGAAAACAUAUCCAGGUUGUACAAUCCGUAACACUCCAUCGGAACCCAUCCACUGUAUUGUCUGGGCCAAACAUCUGUUCAACCAACUCUUCGGAGAAGAGGACCCAGACCAGGAUGUCAGUCCUGAUACCGCAGACCCAGAAGCAGCAGGGGAAGCCGGAGCCUCAGCAUUAUCAUCAGAAGGAACUACAUCAGGGAAUGUAGAACGAAAGAGUACCAGAACAUGGGCCGCAGAAACUAACUAUGACCCAGAAAAGCUGUUUACAAAGUUGUUUGGUGAUGAUAUCCGUUACUUACUGUCAAUGGAGAAUCUAUGGAAGAAGCGUAGACCACCCACUCCGCUGACAUGGAAUAACUUACCAGGGAAAGACAACCCACAAGAACAGCAUACCGGGCUACCAGAUCAACGUAUUUGGUCUCUUUAUGAAUGUGCCCAGGUGUUCAACGCCAGCUGCACAGCACUACAGAAGGAUUUGAAGAGCCGUCCCGAGGGCGACCACCUCGUGUGGGACAAGGACGAGAAGAGCGCAAUGGACUUUGUCACCGCCUGCGCUAAUAUCCGUGCUCACAUCUUCAACAUUCCCAUCAAGUCGCGCUUUGAAAUUAAAUCGAUGGCCGGCAACAUAAUCCCGGCCAUAGCGACAGCCAACGCGAUAGUGGCGGGGCUCGCCGUCCUCCGCGCCCAGGCAGUGCUGCGCGGGGACAUCGCCAGCUGCACCAGCGUGUACCUGCGGCCCAAGGUCAACCAUCGCGGACAGCUGUUCGUGCCCGAGAAGACUCUAACGCCACCUAACCCAAAAUGCUAUGUCUGCGCUCCAAAACCGGAAGUGGGUCUUGCUUGCAAUUUGAAGCAGCUAACUUUGAAAGAUCUCACCACAGCUUUCAAGGAAGGCCUCAAUAUGCAAGCGCCUGACGCGACUGUCGAAGGCAAAGGUUUAGUGGUGUUAUCAUCAGAGCCCGGUGAGACUGACCACAACAAUGAUAAAACUUUAGAAGAAAUUGGAUUAAACGAUGGCUGCGCUUUACUGGUCGAUGACUUCCUCCAGAACUACGAAGUGAGAGUCAGAUUACAACAAGAAGAUGAAGAGAAGUUGUGGCGCCUCGUAACAGACACGGACACGCCAAUGCCUGAGCCCAAGCCAGCCAACGGCUCAAACGGCAGUGAUCCCAAGCCCGGGCCCUCGACGUCUCGCGACAAUGACAGCGACAGCGACCUUGAAAUCAUCGACGAAGACGACGAUGAACCCGCUGUCAAACCACCGAAGCGCAGGCGCACCGAAAUGAACAGCGACGAAGUCGUAGAACUCUGCUAACGUAAUAUUUUGUGUAACAAUAAUGCGCAAUCAACCGUUCAUUAUAAUAGGCCUUCAGAUGGUAAACAGUCGAACAGAAACUUAACCUUCUUUCAUUCAGAUUUGUCUCAAUUUGUGUUCAGGCGUUCUACUACAAAUAAACAAACGAGAUAACUGAGUUUCGAAACAUCUAUUCGCCGCCUCAAUACUUAAUGUUCAACUAUUUUCUACUAGAAAAUAAAAUAUUAGAUGUUAAAAAACAAUUUUUAUAGAUUUAUUAAGGCGUUUUGCCUGUUUAAAUAGCAAUAUAAUAAUACAUGUUAUUGUUCAUUCGACGUUAUACUACGUCAUGUAAUCAAAACGUUGGAAUACGCAACAAACCUAUUAAUUAAACUCUUAUAAAGAAAUACAUUGGUAAGAACAAUUCGUAACUUAAGAUUGAUGUAACUUUUCUAGUACUCUGUCUCAUUAUUAAAUUAAUUUUAAAUAAGAA